CGCGGACGGCGCAGAAAUCGCACUCGCCAAAAUGCAGGGGGACAAGCGGCUGUUUGACUGGAGCGACUACCUCGUGUUCGCCGGCAUGUUGGCCGUCUCGGCGGCCAUCGGCCUCUACCACGGCUGCCGCCGCCGCGGACAGUCGUCCUCCGAGUUCCUCACGGGAAAUGGACAGUUGGGCACGGUGCCGGUCGCUCUCAGCAUGUUGGCAAGUUUCCUGUCGUCGAUUACGCUGAUGGGCCAGCCAGCGGAGGUCUACCUGUUCGGCCCGCAGCUUUGGCUCUUUGGUCUGGCUAGCUUCUUGGCCAUUCCUUUCACAGGCUACGUGCUGAUCCCUAUGUACCACGAGUUGCGACUCACGUCUGCGUUCGAAUACAUCGGCCGUCGCUUCAACUGCUGGCUCCAGCUCUUCACCUCCACCCUCUUUUCCCUGCAGAUGAUCGUUUAUUUGGCCCUCGUCCUGUACGCGCCUGCCAUGGCUCUGCACCAAGUCACUGGAAUCAACACCGAAAUUGUAGUCACCGCCAUGUACCUGGUCUGCAUUUUAUACACUACCGUCGGAGGAAUGAAAGCAGUGGUGUGGACAGACACCUUUCAAGUUUUGGUUCUCUACUCGUCGAUGAUGGCCAUCCUUUGGAAGGGUACUUCCGACCUGGGCGGCGUCAGUGUGGUUUGGCAAAGAAACGCAGCCGCCAACAGAACUCAGUUUUUCAACUGGGACACGGAUUUAACUGAGCGGUACACCCUGUGGGGCUCGUUUAUUGGCGCGGCGUGUCUUCACUGUGCCGUCUACGGCGUCAACCAGUUGCAAGUGCAGAGAUACUUGACCGUGCCCACCGUCGAGGCAGCCAGAAAAAUGCUGUGGAUUAACGCGUUUGGAUGGACUUUCGUCGUUGCUCUGACCGUGUACGCAGGAAUGCUUAUUUUCGCGCAAUACUUUGAGUGCGAUCCAUUGCUGACUGGCGACGUCAGCAAGCCAGACCAACUUUUCCCUCUCUACGUCAUGGACAUCUUGGGAACGGUUCCUGGAUUCCCGGGACUCUUUGUCGCGGGAAUAUUCAGCGCCGGUUUGAGCACGGUUUCAACAGGUGUCAACUCACUCGCAGCCAUCUGGCUGGCAGAGAUAAACGGGGUCUUUCUGAAAGAGCACAUGGACGAGAAAAGGGCCGCAAUCGCGGUCAAGGUGCUCGCCCUGGUCUUCGGACUUGCGUCCUUCUUCCUGGUUUUCCUGGUGCCUUACAUGGGAGGACUCGUUCCGGUCGCAGUCUCGCUGUCUAGCUUCUUUUCUGGCGCCUUGCUCGGCGUUUUCCUCCUUGGCAUUUACUGUCCCUGGGCCAAUGCAUUUGGCGUCGGAGCCGGAUUGGUAGCUGGCGUCGCCCUUGUUGGUGGAAUGACUAUCGGCUCUCAGAUUGCGGUUGAAAGUGGUCAGACGCUGUUCACCCCUUUGGCCACGAGUGUCGAGGGAUGUAGCAACUCCACGUUUGAUUCGACAAUUUCGCUUAUAAUGAGCAGCGAGCCAAAAGAAGAGGCGCACUUUCUGCUUCGAAUCUCGUUCCUGUGGUACUCGCUCCUGGCCACGGUGGCCACCGUUUUGGUCGGCCUGCUGGUGAGUUUGGUGACGCGGGAUCGAAGCCCCGUGUUGCCUUCGGGCUCCCGUUUGCUGAACCAGGCGGCGGUCAUCUACAGCAACAAGGAGCACCACAUGACACAGGUCAGCGCUCCUUUGCUCUUGCAGCCCAACGAGCAUAGUCUGUUGCCACUCGUUUAGAGAUCUCGACCUUACGACAUAGUUUACUGUAGUCCAAUGAGGAGAUGAAGAAGACUUGCCUUUUUACCAAAUGUGUGUGUGUGUGUUUUAGUUUGCUUGUUUUUUGUGACUUUGAAUGUUGUUUAUUUUAGAGUUAGUUAAUUGUGCUUAAAAUUUCUCUGUUUGCGGUUAUGCCGUAUUGUACGAGAAAUAAUAGUUGUCGACUACUGGAUGUGCAUUUAUUUUGACUAUUAUAUUACUUAAGAAAAUUAAAUGUUAGCGAUGUGCGCUUGCAUCGUAGAAGUGUAGAGAGCAAUCGGAAGUUUGAAUAAUAAAAAAGAUACGCCCCAAA